AUGUCAAAACCCACCACAUCUUCAAGGAAAUCUCCGUCGAUUAAAACCAUUACAAAUCGGCUUAAGGCACUGCAAGCAUCGUUUGACACCAUUCACAAAUUCGUCGAAGGUUUCAAUGAGGAGCAUGGUGCAAGCGACGUGCUUGUACGAUUGGAGCGCAUUGACAGUUUGUGGGAGCAAAUAAAUGAUACAGUUAAUGAGUUGAUGUCUCAUGAUGAGUUUGGGACAGAUUUUGCUGCUGUUAUGGAGGAACGGAGCCUCUAUGAAAAUCGGUACUAUGACAGUAAAUCGUUUCUUAUAGAUAAACACAAGUUGCUCGCGGAUCCACCUAGUUUGGAUCAAACUAGUCGCACUAAUGCUUCGUUUUCACAGGGUGCCACCUCACACGUACGCCUCCCACAGAUCACUUUGCCCAAAUUCAGCGGUAACAUUGAAGAAUGGAUCAGUUUUAGAGAUCUAUACACUUCUUUGAUUCAUUGGCAAACCGAUUUGCCGGAAGUUGAGAAGCUGCACUACUUACGGAGUCAACUACAAGGAGAAGCAUUGUCCGUUAUCGAAGCACUCCCGAUAUGCUCGGCGAACUAUAAAACAGCCUGGGAGCUUUUAGUGCAACGGUAUUCUAACAUGAAGGUCAUCAAAAGGAAACAAAUACAGGGAAUUUUCGAUUUACCAUUUCUUAAGAGGGAAUGCGCGUGUGAUUUACAUACAUUGUUGGAAAACUUUGAACGGAUUAUCAAAACGUUGGAUCAAUUGGUGCAGCCUGCUGAAUAUAAAGAUCUACUACUACUGCACAUUUUGAGUGCGCGGCUAGAUUCCAGUACUCGUAGGAGCUGGGAAGAACAGAGUUCAACGAAGGAUGCCGAGUCGCUUAAGGAUCUCACCGAUUUCUUAACUCGCCGUAUACGUGUGCUAGAAGCACUGCCAGUGAAGGGUGCAGAGCUACGAAGUGAAACCACACAGCCAAUGCGAAAACGAUCAUUUCAUUUACCACAAGCUAGUUACAGUGCUGUGCAACAUGGUGUUCACAAUUGUGUAAUUUGUCCGGAAACUCAUCCUUUGUUUAAAUGUGCUGUGUUUAACCGCAUGGGAGUGUCGGAGAGAGAAGGGGUCCUACGUGCUCAUUCACUAUGCAGAAAUUGUUUUUACAAAGGGCAUCAGGCCAAGGAUUGCAAAUCGAAGGUCUCGUGCAAGAAAUGUAGAGCACGGCAUCAUACAAUGGUGUGUUUCAAGGCGAAUAGAGGUUGGAAGGUUAAGGAUAGCGUAGAUGCGGAAGAUACUCUGUCGACUAAACAGGAUUUAGUAGAAUCGUCUGAACCAAAAAUAGCGAAUGUGGCGAUCGACAGCUCAGAAAUAUCACCGUCAAGGGUUUUACUGGCUACUGCAUUGGUAACGGUUGAAGAUGAGACUGGUUUACAGGCGACUGCAAGAGUACUGUUAGACUCUGGGUCUGAAUGUAAUUUUAUUUCACGUCGCCUUUGUCAACAAUUCAAGACGCAACACGGCAGGGUGCAGGUUGCUGUUUCCGGUAUAGGUCAAUCAAAAACUGUUGCUAAAGCUGAGCACAUAAGGCUAGGAGAUAAUUUACCGAAACUGAUUGAUACAGUUUUCGGUUGGGUGGUUGCUGGUGAAUAUAAUACAGGCACACAUCAAUCACCAGCUGCUUGCAACACAGCAGCUGUAGACUUUCUGGAAGAUUUUUUACCUCGAUUUUGGUCCUGUGAGGAGAUCGGAUUGGUUGGAAAGAUGUCACCAACGGAAUUACUAUGUGAAGAGCAGUUCACCCGGACAGUCCAACGGGCAGCAAAUGGACGGUAUACAGUCACUCUACCGAAGGAUGAUACAGUUAUGAUGAAGCUAGGAGAAUCCAAAGAAAUAGCAUUUCGGAGGCUGCAAGGACUGGAAAGGCGAUUGGAACGAGAUCCUCUUCUACGGGAAAGGUAUUGCCAGUUUUUAACGGAGUACCUCAAUUCAGGACAUAUGAGGAAGGUGGAGGAAGCAACCGACACUUGUGGCAAAAGAUAUUUUCUACCGCAUCAUCCCGUAGUGAAGGAAAGCAGCACGACCACAAAGGUUAGAGUGGUCUUUGAUGCAUCUUGUCGGAGUACAUCGGUUGUUUCACUGAAUGAUGGGCUAAUCGCUGGUCCGGUCAUACAAGACGAUUUGAGGUCAAUUGUCUUCCGUUGUCGUACACGGCAGGUUAUGGUGGUUGCAGACAUUGAAAAAAUGUUCCGACAGGUUCUCGUUUCACCAGCGGAUAGCUUACUACAGAACAUACUUUGGCGGUUCGACACGAAGGAGCGGCCUGCUACUUACGAAUUAAACACUAUUACCUACGGGAUGAAACCCUCUCCAUACUUGGCCACUAGGACGUUGCGACAGUUAGCUAUGGACGAGGCGCAGUCUUACCCGUUCGCUGCAAGGGUUACGCAGGAAGAUAUUUAUAUGGAUGACUUAAUUUCCGGAGCAGACGAUUUACCGUCAACGUGCGAACUAACAAGACAACUCGUUACUAUGAUGCAUAGCGGAGGAUUUCACUUACGGAAAUGGGCAUCGAAUCAACCGAAGGCGUUGGAGGGUAUUCCAAAAGAGGAUUUGGCCAUUCAAGAUGACGGUGUGGAAUUGGAUCCGGACCCUACCCAGUACAGCAGUUCAUGGCGGAUUUACCUGCUGCAAGGGUUAUUCCUACACGGCCAUUCUCUAAAACUGGUGUCGACUACUUCGGCCCCAUCUAUUAUCGACAGGCACCAAGAAGGGCAGUUGUAA